UCUCCGAGCCGCUUCGGCGCGCAGGGCCGGUGCCGGGACCGACGGACGGACAGACGAGAGGACUGUGUGCUCUCGGGACCCGGAUCGCACCCCGCGCCGGCCACCCACGAUCCUCGAGUGGCGCCCCCGGGACCCUCCGAUCCGUAGCUGCCGGGUCUCCGACGUGUCCCAUCCCUUCCCGGGUGUCGGCGUCCCCACCGGCACUAUGAACGAAGAGGAGCAGUUUGUAAACAUUGACUUGAACGAUGACAACAUUUGCAGUGUUUGUAAACUGGGAACAGACAAAGAAACACUCUCCUUCUGUCACGUUUGUUUUGAGCUAAAUCUCGAGGGAGUACCAAAGUCUAACCUUUUACAUACCAGAUCAUUGCGGGGCCAUAAAGACUGCUUUGAAAAGUAUCAUUUAAUUGCAAACCAGGAUUGUUCUCGAUCCAAGCUUUCCAAAAGUACUUAUGAAGGAGUUAAAACCCUCCUGACUAAGAAGAUAAACUGGAUUGUACAGUAUGCACAAAAUAAAGAUAUGGAUUUGGAUUCUGAAUGUUCCAAAAAUACCCGACAUCACCUGUUUAAUUUCCGGCAUAAGCCAGAUAAGAAGUUACUCCCCCAGUUCGAUUAUCAAGUGCCCAAGUACUCUGUGAAAGGGAUAGCUGGAAACACGGGUGGCCUCUCAAGCUAUACACAAAGAAUUUUGGAGCAGAGGGAAAAUACAGGCUUCGGGCUUGCUAUAUUGCAAGACUCGGAUGCAUUGUGGCCUCGCAAACACAGCCAGGCACAGAAAAAAGAAGAGACGAGCUCUGGUCCAGAGGAGAAUGUCCAGACACAACAUCCACAUUACAGCAGAGAGGAAUUGAACUCAAUGACUCUUGAUGAAGUAGAACAGCUGAAUACAAAGCUGCAACAGCAAAUCCAGGAAGUUUUUGAAGAGUUAACACACCAAGUGCAAGAGAAAGACUCUUUGGCAUCCGAGCUCCAUGUCCGUCAUGUUGCCAUUGAGCAGCUUCUCAAGAACUAUUCCAAGCUACCAUGUCUGCAAGUGGGGCGGGCAGGAACGAGGUCGCACUUGCCCAUAAACAACUGAACUGGACGUAGCUUCUGUGCUUUACCCCUGCUGCUCUGCCAAGCAUGUGUACCUCCAACACAUUUGAAGAAAGUUAUGGUCCAUUUUUAUGGUUGUACUUUGAAAGCAUAAGAUAAUAUUUAUUAUCUUAAUCCAAUAAAGAGGAUCACUCUA